AUGGAAGACAUCUCCGGAAGAACGGUGGUCAUUGGGUUUCUGCUUGAAUUCCACCAGGACGGUUCUCUCUCCAACACUCUUCCUCUAGAGCACAUGGAGGGCAACAGGCCAAUCGACCGCCAAAUCGAACGCAUUCGCUGGGCAAGGCAGGUCACGGAAGCUCUGAUUCAUGUGCAACAUCAAUGCAAAACGUUCUACUCUGAUAUCAAGACCGAGAACAUCUUACUUGGGAGACAAAGGAGCGGAAAACGAGAUGUGUUGCUUAUUGACUUCGAACAACGCGGCGCAUCGAAUGCUUGGACAGCACCAGAGGUCAUUUACAUCGAAAGACUUCGCUCGAUCCUGAACGUUGUUGAGGACCACGCUUUCAAAAAGCGAUAUGAAGGCCUCUGGUACGACAUGACUGGAAGUCAGUUCUCCAUUACGGAGAAGCUGUACAGCAACCCACCCGAUGGCUAUAACGUACCCUGGAUCUCGAUGACAGCUGAAGAACAAGAGGCCGCAGAAGUUUUUGGUCUUGGGAAGCUUAUGGAGAUAAACUUUACCCUCGCGGGAAAACAGGUCAAGAUGGGGAACUGCUAG